AUGAAGAAGGCUCAUCUAGGGAUACGCCUGACCACCAGCCAACAACAUCCAAAAGUGCAGAUGCCCACAAUAUUUGGGGGCGGCCUCAUAGCGCCUGGUAUGAUCACUCGAGCCAACCUACUGUGGCGCUCGGAGCUUUGGCGCUAUGAGCUUUUGGUGCUAAUUGAGCUGUGGUCAGCAGUGAGGCCUGGAUACGAUUAUAUGUUCGGUUUGUUGGCAUCCCACGAUCCUCGCUUUGUGUCAAGUGCAAAGUUCUUCUUAAGUACAAAAGCUGAAGCUGAAACCGUUGACAACGAUGAGCGAUCCGUUAACCGAGAUACUGAAAAACCUAAAGGGGAAGGAGAGAAGUUGGAAUUCCAAGCAGAAACUCGCAUGUUACUUGAUAUUGUGGCAAAGUCUCUAUAUUCGGAAAAGGAGGUAUUCAUCAGAGAGCUGAUCGCUCGAAUGCGAGCGAUGCGCUGGAGAAGCUCAGGUACCUCAGUUUGUCCGAGGGUGCUGGUGUAGAUUCUCUGGGCAACACUGAAAUCCGGAUCUUCACAGACAAGCAGAACAGAACCUUCAUCAUCCAGGACACAGGGGUCGGCAUGACUAAAGAAGAAACUAAUCUCUAACCUAGGUACAAUAGCACGGUCUGGAUCCAAAGCCUUUCUGGAGCAGCUGAAGAGGCAAGGGUGGUGCAGUAGCAGGCAGGCACCGUGAUCGGUCAG